AUGGGUUCCCAAACUCCCUCCGAACAAGGCCUCUGGACCCCUCAAUCCGUCCUAUCUACUCUCCCUUACCCUCCCGAAGAGAACUCGACUUCUCCAGUCCCGUUCUUCCACCUCCUCGAGCGGCUAAAGACCACAAAGCGCGAAGGAUGGCGCCGCUUUGACAUCAACCACGGCGAGUCCAUCUCCGACCACAUGUACCGCAUGUCGAUGAUGACUAUGCUCGCCCCUCCCUCUCUCGCUGCCCGUCUGGAUCUACCCCGCUGCAUGAAGAUGGCCCUUGUUCACGACAUGGCCGAAUCGCUCGUCGGCGACAUCACUCCCGUUGACCCUGUCAAGAAAGAGGAAAAGGCCCGUCGGGAAGCCGCUGUAAUGGAAUACAUUUCGAACACGCUGUUGCGCGGUGUGCCGAGUGGAGCCUCCGCAGGCGACGGUAUCCUGGCUGUCUUUAAUGAAUACGAAGCGAACGAGACGCUUGAAGCGCAGUUUGUCCAUGAUGUUGAUAAGAUGGAGCUUCUGCUGCAGAUGGUGGAAUAUGAGCGGAGUUACGAAAUCGACCUUGAGGAGUUCCUGAACGUUGCCAAGCGAAUUCAUCUUCCGGAAAUCAAGGAAUGGGCGGAAACCGUGCUGGAGGAGCGCAAGGCACUCUGGAAGUCAAGGCAACAAACGUCAGAAUCUGAAGCUGCGGCAUAA